AUGUCGUUCCAUCACGAUCGCGGCGGUCCAAGAGGAGGACUGCCUCCAGGCCAGCACAGCUCCACUCAAAACUACCGCCCCACCAACCUGAGACCCCCUCCUCCGCAGCCACCCGUCACCCCGUACCACUACGACCCUCAAAACCCACCCACUUCAAGCUACCACGGCAACACAGGCUACAUGCCCCAACACUCAGACUUCAUGCAGUACCCUCCGCCUCCGCCUUCCCAGCCUCCUGGAUCUCUAAACCAGUGCCCUGUGCGCCCGCCUUUCCCCAAGCCUCCUGUGCGACAGGGCUUUCCAGAACCUCCACCCAACUUCCCGCCGCCUCCGCUCCCCAGCUCCUCAGGUGGUCCCCCUACAGGGUCCCAGGUGUCUGCGCAGAACGCCUACCACCCUUACAUGAUGCCUCAAGUGCCGCCGCCGCCUCUACCUCACCCAUCCAUGCCUCCACCGUUAGCGUCACAGUCUAUGGGCUACCACCCUCCUUACUCCACUAACUACCCUCAUCCUCCUCACCCACCUUUCCCUCCUCCCCCCUUCAACCCAGGCUACACUCAGAGCCCCAACACGUUCAAACCGGAGCACAGUUACCGUCAUGGGGGGCAGUACAAGUACGAUAAAACCAUGGAGAACCGGCGGUCUCCAGAGAGGGGCUACCGUCACGAGGACAACAGGCAGAAGGGAUACGGAUAUGGCGGCGGCGGCCACGCAGAGAAGCAUAAGAUGGAUUUCCCCGGCGAUAGGAAGGACCGGGGGAGGAGUCCGGACAGGCGGGGCAGGUCUGAGGGGGGGCGCUACAGGUCAGAGUACGACAGAGGGAGGACUCCGCCACGACACAGGAGCAGGGAGAGGAGCAGGGAGAGGUAUCGACACAGAGAGAGCCGGAGGUCCCAGUCACCUGACCGGCACAGGAAGAGGCCUCGAAGCCGCUCGUCCAGCAGAGACAGGAAGCGCGGCCGCUGGGAGGAGGAGAGGGACAGGAGGUCAGAGAGCUCCUCCGGCAUGAGCAGAGAGCGCAGCUACGCCUCCGCCUCCGCCAGGAGCCGAGAAUCAGAGGAGACCACGUCCGACAGGGACCGGGAGAGAGAGAGGGAGCGGGACCGAGACAGAGAGAAGGAGAAAGAGAAGACUGAGGAGGAGAAGGAGGAGGAAGAGAUGCUGAAACCGGCGUGGAUCCGCUGCACACACGCUGAGAACUUCUACUCCAAUGACCCCAUGGACCAAGUGGGAGACUCGACCGUGGUGGGGACCAGUAAGCUGAGGGAUCUGUUCGAGCGCUUCGAAGAGGAGCUGGGGAGGAGACAGGAGAGAGCGAAGCAGGUUCGACCGAAAUGGGAUCCGCCCAAGACCAAACUGGAUGAGGAUCCAGGUGAGAAGACCCAGAAAGAAAAAGAAAUAGAUGACAGCAGCAGUGAGUCAGACUGUGAGUCAGACGGAGAAGGAAGCACCUGCUCCAGCAGCUCUGACUCAGAGGUGUUUGAUGUCAUCGCCGAGAUCAAGAGGAAGAAAGCUCACCCCGACCGGCUGCACGAGGAGCUGUGGUACAACGACCCGGGGCAGAUGAAUGAUGGCCCCUUGUGUAAGUGCAGUGCCAAGGCCAGACGUACGGGGAUCCGGCACAGCAUCUACCCAGGGGAAGAGUCGGUCAAACAGUGCCGUCUGAUGAACAACAACUCUGGGAAACUGUUCCACUACAGGAUCACUGUGUCGCCUCCCACAAACUUCCUGACCGACAGGCCGACUGUGAUCGAGUACGAUGACCAUGAGUAUCUGUUUGAAGGCUUCUCUCUCUUCUCACACACUCCUCUCACAAACAUCCCAUUGUGCCGUGUGAUCCGCUUCAACAUAGAUUACACCAUCCACUUCAUAGAGGAGAUGACACCGGAGAACUACUGCGUCCAAGGCCUGGAGCUGUUUGCUGGAUAUUUGUUCCAGGACAUUCUGGAGCUGUACGACUGGAACCUGACAGGUCCUGAAGAUGAGAACGAGUCCACCGGAUGCCAGCAGUUCCAUUUCAUGCCCCGUUUCGUCCGGUUCUUACCAGAUGGAGGUAAGGAGGUGCUGUCCAUGCAUCAGGUGCUGCUCUACCUCCUGCGCAGCAGCAAGCCGCUGGUCCCCGAGGAGGAGAUUGCAGACAUGCUGCAGUGGGAGGAGCUGGAGUGGCAGAAAUACGCGGAGGAGUGCAAGGGCAUGAUCGUCACCAACCCGGGCAUGAAACCAAGCUCUGUGCGCAUCGACCAGCUGGACAGAGAGCAGUUCAACCCAGACGUCAUCACCUUCCCCAUCAUCGUUCAUUUUGGGAUCAGGCCCGCUCAGCUCAGCUACGCCGGAGACCCACAGUACCAGAAGCUGUGGAAGAGCUACGUCAAACUACGCCACCUGCUGGCCAACAGUCCCAAGGUCAAGCAGAUUGACAAGCAGAAGCUGACGCAGAGAGAGGAAGCGCUUCAGAAGAUCCGUCAGAAGAAUACCAUGCGCCGCGAGGUGACAGUGGAGCUGAGCAGUCAGGGCUUCUGGAAGACCGGCAUCCGCUCUGACGUCUGUCAGCACGCCAUGAUGCUGCCUGUCCUCACGCAUCACAUCCGGUACCACCAGUGUCUGAUGCACCUCGAUAAGCUCAUCGGCUAUGUCUUCAAGGAGCGCUGCCUCCUUCAGCUCGCCAUGACUCACCCAAGUCACCACCUCAACUUCGGCAUGAACCCCGAUCACGCCCGCAACUCCCUCUCCAACUGCGGCAUCCGGCAGCCCAAGUACGGAGACCGGAAGGUCCACCACAUGUACAUGAGGAAGAAGGGAAUCAACACGUUGAUUAACAUCAUGUCUCGUCUGGGGCAGGAUGACCCCUCCCCCUCCAGGAUCAAUCACAACGAGAGACUGGAGUUCCUGGGAGAUGCUGUCGUAGAGUUCCUCACCAGUGUCCACCUCUACUACCUGUUCCCCAGCCUGGAGGAGGGCGGCCUGGCCACCUACAGAACAGCCAUCGUGCAGAACCAGCACUUAGCCAUGCUCGCUAAGAAACUGGAGUUAGACCGCUUCAUGCUCUACGCACACGGACCGGAUCUGUGCCGGGAGUCGGACCUGCGACACGCCAUGGCCAACUGCUUUGAGGCUCUUAUCGGUGCCGUGUAUUUGGAAGGAGGCUUGGACGAGGCCCGGCUGCUCUUUGGAAGACUGCUGUUUAAUGGCGAGGAUCUACGGGAGGUCUGGCUCCACUUCCCACCACACCCCCUGCAGGUCCAGGAGCCUCAGACGGACAGGCAGCUGAUUGAGACGUCUCCAGUCCUCCAGAAACUGACCAGCUUUGAGGAUUCCAUCGGGGUCUUAUUCACGCAUGUGCGACUCCUGGCCCGAGCCUUCACCUUGAGGACCGUGGGCUUCAACCACCUCACCCUGGGCCACAACCAGAGGAUGGAGUUCCUUGGAGACUCGAUCAUGCAGCUGGUGGCCACAGAAUACCUCUUCAUCCACUUCCCAGACCACCAUGAAGGACAUUUAACAUUGCUCCGCAGUUCCCUGGUGAACAACGCACUCAGGCCUAAAGUGGCGGAGGCUGGCAUGCAGGAGUUCGCCAUCACCAACGACAAAACCAAACGCCCGGUCGCACUGCGGACCAAGACUCUGGCCGACCUGCUGGAGUCUUUCAUCGCCGCGCUCUACAUUGACAAAGAUCUGGAGUAUGUGCACACCUUCAUGAACGUCUGCUUCUUCCCCCGACUGAAGGAGUUUAUCCUGAACCAGGACUGGAAUGACCCCAAGUCUCAGCUGCAGCAGUGCUGUUUGACCCUGAGAACUGAGGGCAAGGAGCCUGAUAUUCCCCUGUACAAGACCCUGCAGACAGUCGGGCCCUCGCACGCCCGCACCUACACCGUCGCUGUGUAUUUCAAAGGGGAGCGAAUCGGCUGUGGCAAAGGCCCAAGUAUCCAACAGGCGGAAAUGGGAGCUGCGAUGGAUGCGCUUGAGAAAUAUAACUUCCCACAGAUGGCUCAUCAGAAGCGCUUCAUCGAGCGGAAAUACAGACAGGAGCUGAAGGAGAUGAGACGAGAGCGAGAGCGGCAGGAGAAGGAGACCGACGAGACGGAGGAAUGCAGGAAGUGACAGCACCUUUUUUUUUUUUUUUGCCAAUCAGGUGCUCUGCAUCAACAUCGGGAUGGAGCUCUGUCUGCAAAUGAGGCAGCAGCCGUGCAGCCGAGAGCCGGAUAAAUAAAGAUGCUGCCAGUUGAUCUUGCAAUUAUGACUCCUGAAGUCCUCCAUGUAGGGACGCAGGUGAGGAUGAGUCAGCUCUCUGUCACUUUGAACUCCCAAAAAAAAUGUAACCCAAAUAUGGACUCAGUCCAGGAUUUUGAGAGUGCGAGUUGACAGACGGCGAGCAGAAGUAGAGAAGAAGUGUUCAUGUUUUAUGCUGUUUAGUUCUGUAGCGCUGUCACACUCGGCCUUAUGUCGUCUUAUGUUUGUUUGCUUCUUCAUCUUUAAACAUUAAAACCCAAAAACAACAACAUGUCACCGACACGCCGCCGAAUAAAGGUUUUUUUAAUAAAGUGUGAAACAAUAAAUAAAGCUGAUGUUGUAAAUAAAGUUUUGAUUAUGUGGA